ACAACUAUCUAUCAACCGCCAAGCUUUCGAGUACAGAUUUUAUAUCGUAGUAUUUCGUAGUAAUUUCUUUUUUGCCAGCUAUUAAUUUUAUCCAUUUUGUUUGUAAAAAAAUAAAUGUAUUAGAGAUUCACAAAUUUAAAUUUGUUAUAAUGAAUCCCUGUUCUGUCCCUGCACCUCAGCAAGAUUCGGAAGGUGAUGGUCGAUGGAACAGCAUUCACAAUAGGUUCCUGUCGGAUGCCAAAGGAAAAGACGCAGAUGUAAUUUUUAUUGGAGAUUCUAUACUACAAGCUUUAGAACACACUGAAGUUUGGAAUCAGUGGUUUGCUCCACUUCACUGCCUUAAUUUUAGUAUUCACAAAGAUCAAACUCAGAAUGUUCUUUGGCGUAUAAAAAAUGGGGAACUCGAUCAUGUUGACCCAAAAGUAAUAGUUGUACAUGUUGGAACAAAUAAUGUUGAUUAUACUCCAGAGCAAGUUUGUGAAGGAAUCUUAGAAAUAAUAACAACCAUAAGGGAGAAACACCCAAGUGCUUAUAUAGUAUUACCUAGUCUUCUUCCACGAGGACAGCAUCCAAAUGCGUUAAGAGAAAAAAAUUCUAAGAUAAAUCAGCUACUACGUGAGAAAGUGUUAAAUAUGAAUAAAGUUGAAAUGGUGUCAAUAGAUAAAGGUUUCAUACAAACUGAUGGUACCAUUAGUCAUCAUGAUAUGCAUGACUAUUUAACUCCAACGAACGCAGCAUGUCGUAAGGCUUUCGAACCAAUAUAUGACCUAUUACAGCAGCUGUUGUCUGAAGGUGAACCCGAAAAAGAUUUAACACCUUCUGAAUAAUGUGAAAACUAUAUAUUAAUUGUGGUGGCUUUUUAUUAUGCAGCAAACUGAUUGUGAUUAUACAGUACUUACAGAUAGCUUUUUUAUCAUAGGCUUAAGUAUGCAUUUAGAAUAUAUUUUAACUUAUGAACUUUUACAUUCCAAAUUAGAUUUUAUUAAAUUGGCUGUGUUUAUACAACUAAUUUCACCUUAUUAUUUCUGAAAAAAAAAAAGAAUUGUAGUAUCUUAUUGUCAAUAUUAUCCCGUAUGUUUUACUUUCACCACAUAACGAAUAGUUUAGAACAAAUAAAAAAAAACAGAUUAAAAUUAUGAUGGUGUUAAAACAUAGGGACAAUAUACAUAUCAACAAUUCACAGGGUUUGAUACUUCAAUGACAAUUCUUGUUUGCUUGUUAUUUAUGCAGCUAUGAAGGAGUUAGGAGAACAAAAUGUACUACAGUUAUCUAAUGUUACAAACUAUAUUUUGGCAUUGUUACUUUAAUUUAUAUUUAAAAGUUACUUAAUUUAAAUAAUACUGUUAAUAAUAUUUAAUUUAAAUUAUUUAUAUUACAGUAAGAACACAAUUAUGAAAGUACAGUAAUGACUAGUAUUUGAAACACUUGAGAUCAUGACCAAUAUGAAUAAUGAUGCUCUUUGUUGGUUUAUUUUUAGUUGACUAGGUUUCAGUUUCAUUCAAACUUAUAAUUUCAACUCUCAUUAUUUUGUUCCACAAUUAUAUGUGAGUUGGCUAGUGUUGGCACAAAAGAUUAGUUUACUUUUAUGACAAAAAUGAUAUUAUAUUUUUCAUUGUUUUAUACAGAACUCAAAUAUUUUUUUGUGUGAACAGUUUUUAUUACAUUCCUCUGUUAGUCUUACAAAGUAUACAAACGAUUAUUCAACAAGUAGCAUACCUACCAAAGAAUUUGGAUUCUAUGUAACCAAAGCAAAAAAAUGAUUCAUUAUUGCAUAAUAAAUAUCUGUAUGUAAUAACUAUUCAAUUAUAUUUUUGAUACAUAAUUGAGUUUAAGUAAUAAAAGAAGCAUGUUAUAUUUAGGAGAAAUAGUUGGUAUGAAUGGUAGUAUGAUCAAGUACAUCUUUUCUAAGUACAUACACACACAUUGUUAUUCUUUAGACUACAUAAUGUAUACAAUAAUUUAAGUUUUGAGUGAAUUUAUAUCACUGUAACCUUAUUUGUAGCUAGCUAUUUAAGGUACUAUUAGGUACUCAGGUUGCCAAACAUGUUGCUUGAAUCUCAAUUUGUUAUAAGUAUUUAUUUGCAUGAAGAAGCUUGAAAGUAAACAGUGCAAUUAUUUCUACAUAAACAAAAUGUUUUAUUUUAUCCUCUUUGUAGUAUAGUGACAUUUAGAAAAAUAAGACAAUCAUAAAAUGGUUAAUGGGGCAAAUAUGUGUUUAAUGAAUGUGUUUAUGGAACAAAUAAUUUAAUAAGAAGGUUACUUUGUGUCUAAUCUAUUCAGUAAGGCAUGAUUUUCAACAAACUGCACUGUGUCAGUUCAGAAAGGAUACGAACGUAUUCGGCGAUACCCAAUCCCAUUCGGCAGCAUGCCGAUGUAUGCGAUCGGCUCCGACCGUCGCUUGUGAAUAUAUCCGUUUUUGCACCUAGUCAAACAGUUUCAUUUUUACAGUAUUAAUGUGUUUUAAUUUUUUAAAAUUGUUGAAGUUGACGUAGUAUUGUUAACUGUUGUAUUGGAAGAAGAAAAUAAUCAUAAAACACGAAAGAAAAGAAAAUGAGUGGUUUCACUUGGCCACGGCUUUGGACGCACGUGAUGACAGCCGAAUGAAUUCGAUCGGAUACGACGACAGGCGAACGGAGUCGUUCGUACAUCGUAGCAUAUUUUUGGCUAAAAUUGCCCGCGAUUAAGAUGCUGUGCGCGGCUUGGUAAUAUAGACUACUGUGUACACGAUUUAAUAUCGUUUAAAGAUUGUAAAAUCGGUUCUGAUUCGAUUCAAUGCGAGCAGUUUGGUGGAAAUAAGUAAUGAGUACAAUACAGUUAUUUAAUUUUAGUGAUUAUUUUAGUAGGGCAAAUCUAAUUUUUAAUUUUGAAUAAUAAUACUGACACAGUCUAGGUCACUUUUUAUGUAUGUCUUUUUGUAAUUCACUUGCCUAAAAUCAAUUCCCGAACAAAUUAACAACUAUUCGUGAAAAUGGGAGCUGAUAAAAAUCCACUUAAUGGAUUCUUGUAACUAGAAAGGAUAUUAGUGGUUUUUUAUUAUUUUUUAUUUAAGAGUUUAUCAUGUUGGGACAUCUAAUUCAUGUAUUAUCUUCCAAACAAUUCUAUUCCAGGCUAUAUCUUUUCACCUCCCUAUAUGACAUGACACCUAGUGUUUCCUUCAUGUCUCAUGUACUUUUAGUAUAACUUGUUUUUAAAGAUUUUAAAUAUUGAAGAUUAUUUUUAUUACAUUUAAAAUAAUUAUAAUAAAUAAAAAAUAGAAGAAACCACUAAAGAAAAUAUCUUGCUUUACUAGACUGGGGUUAAUAAAUGUUAAUA